AUGCCAAGAGAGUGUGGGGCAUAUGAGCUAUUGGAGCGCAGACGUUUUAUGGACCCACCCGUAUUUUCAGCGGUGCGAAGCCUGGUUCUCAAUGCCAACCUUCCACGGCACGUCACCACCCAGAAUAUUACCCCAUUCCCGAAUGUAACACAGGUCACAUUGAGCGACGUUGACCAAGCAUUCAUCGCACAAGCACUGAGCACCCCAUGGACCUUCAACGGUUCAUACAAGCUGGUCAAAUACGCUGGCCUCACGUGGAGGAGCUGAUCAUACAUGACGAAUACCCACAAAUGGCAGAGUUGCGGGGUUGGUUGGUGUGUCGCGGGGGGGAGGCUUACCAUCAAGAUUAGAGGUCCCCAUUCAUCCCGCUUGUGAGUUUCCCUUGGAAGAUUGCCGAGCGGUCGAGGCGUAUGCCAAUUUGGUGUUCGAGGAUAUCGACU